CAAGAGUCACGGAACAAGUAGUCACUCUCAAUCUCCAGUACUGCCUCUCUCUCUCUCUCUCUAUCACUGUCUAUCUUUUCCCUUCGUUACUUUGUGCAACGCCUCUCUUUCUUCUUCUCCUCCAACAUUAUCACAAGAUCUAUCUCUCUCUCCCUCUCAACAAGUGUAACAGUGGCAUUUGUAUACAUCGACACCAUCCAUGGCUGCUCUGGUUCUCUAUCUCCUCAGUCUCCUCAUGGCUGGCCAUUCUAGUGCCUCAUGGUGUGUGUGCAAAACAGGGCUGAGUGACUCUGUGCUACAAAAGACAUUAGACUACGCCUGUGGAAAUGGAGCUGACUGUAACCCAACUCGCCCAAAAGGGUCUUGCUUCAACCCUGACAAUGUUAGGGCUCAUUGUAGCUAUGCUGUCAAUAGCUUCUUUCAAAAGAAAGGUCAAGCUUCUGACUCUUGUAACUUCACUGGUUCUGCCACUCUUACCACCACUGAUCCCAGCUAUACAGGAUGUGCAUUCCCUUCUAGUGCUAGUGGUUCUAGUGGAAGCAGCAGCGGCAGUACCACAGCGACGCCGCCAGGCAAAAACAGUCCAAAAGGAAGCAGCAGCAUCAACACAUUUCCCGGUGGGAACAGUCCAUACACUGGCACACCAACAACCGGAUUAUUAGGAGGCAAUGUCACUGAUGCCACUGGAACCGGUUUAAACCCGGAUUACUCAACCGAAAGCUCUGGGUUCACGCUCCAUAACUCCUACACCCUUCUCUUCACCGGCUUGUGGUCUGUCUUGAUGAUGCUCUGAAGAACGAAUUGCCAUCUUCUUUUUCUCUUCAGUCGGGGAAAAAAUGUUAUCGUUGUUGUAUUAGAGAUGAUUUUAUAUUAGAUUCCAGAUUUCGGUUCGGUUUUUAAUUUCCGGUUUAAGAAAACGGUUCUCAAUGUUAAACCAAAUCUACUAUAAAUGGUUUUGUACCCAUU